GGGACAGUGAGUGCUCGUCACCCUCUUGGAGUGGGUCUAUGAGUGCGGAACGGGAACAAACUUUCGAUCAGUUUCCAAGGACACCCGAGCAUACACCCCCUGAAAGCUCAUUUGAACUCUCUGGCUGAGAGAAACUCGCGUUCAAACUCGCGUUUCAAAUGGAGGUGCCAGCGCAGUAUAAAGAGAAGACCUAGAGUGAGCUGCAAGUUCAACAAUCGAUCCUUCCUCGUUCUCGUUCAGUACUCUCUCUCACUCACGCUCUCUCAUUCACGACACUCCUUCUGAUGCACUCAUUCACGAUCAUCUCUCUUACGCUCGCGGCUCUCUCCCCGCUCGCCCACGCCGCUGCGCACCUGCCUCGCACGGGACUCGAUGCACGCCCCCAUGCUGCGACGAACGUCUGCGCCUGCAUCGGCGGCGUGAUCCGCGUCGACGGCACCGACUGCGGCACACUCGAACCCGAGUCGCUGUGCGCCUGUGUUAGCACGGUCGCGGACGCCGUCGCCAGUGUCUCCCUUGCCCCGAUCAAGGCCGCGUUGGCUAUCGGCGCCGCGGCGGAGGCCGAGCUCGUCGCCUCGCUGAAGACCCAGAUCCAGUCCUCCCCGAAGAGGAGGACCUGCGCGCAUCCGCCGCACUCCGUACCGGCCUGUUCCCGCGAGGAUCUGUGCGGUUUCACAUGUCGAUCCGGCUUCGAGCUGUCGAAUGGCCUGUGCUUCCC